AUGCCCAUGGAACUGCGCAAGCGCAAGGAGGCCCCCGCGCCUCCGCCGGCUCCCACGCGCAAGAAGGCCGCCAGCAAGCCUACCGCCUCGACCGCCUCCAAAGUCAAGGAAGCCGUCAAGGAAAAGGUCGCCGGCGUUACCAACGGCUCGUCCUCUCAGCCCGCCGUCGGCGAUGUCAUCACUCUCGACGGCUUCGGCGGCGAGAUCGAGACCAACGAUGGCAAGAAGACUACCCUUAAGGCUCUUGUUGAUGAGAGCAAGGGUGGUGUUGUGCUGUUUACCUACCCCAAGGCGUCCACCCCUGGCUGCACCAAACAAGCCUGCCUCUUCCGCGACGCGCACACCGCCCUCACCACCCCAACCGGUCUGUCCAUCUACGGCCUAUCCACCGACUCCCCUAAAGCCAACACCACCUUCCAAACCAAGCAGAACCUGCCCUACCCUCUGCUCUGCGAUCCGGCUGCUACGCUAAUUGGCGCCAUCGGUCUGAAGAAGACCCCCAAGGGUACUACGCGGGGCGUGUUUGUGGUUGAUAAGAGUGGUAAGGUUUUGGCUGCGCAGGCUGGGGGGCCUGAGGCGACGGUUGAUGUUGUGAGGGGGUUGGUGGAGGGGUUGGGGGAGGCUGCUAACGGGGAGGAGGAGGAGGAGAAGAAGGAGGAGGGGAAGGAGGAUGCGCCGGUGAAGGAGACAAAUGGGGAGGCGGUGGAGGAGAAGAAGGAGGAGAAGAAGGAGGAGGAGGGGGUGAAUGGGGAGGGUGAGAAGAAGGAGGAGUAG